GUCGUAUGGAUCUUCCGUUUUUUCUUAGUUUAAUAGUGAUUUUUUUCCGCGACUAGUGAUCAAAAGUAUAAUGUUGAACCACCAGUGUCUUUUUAUAAAAUGUAUGCAAACUAUAUACUUUUAUCGAUACGACAUAGCGUUUUUGUAUGAGUUUUUCGCGUACAACCUCCUCGGAUGUACUAAUAUGUUCAAAUGAAAAGAAACGUUUUCAUUGGAUAUCAUGUUUGCACAUUUACAUGUGACCGACAGGUUCCUUUUUAAUUUUAACAAGUCAGUUAUUGUAAAUUUUUAAAUAUUUUAGGGACAAACAACAAAUGAACAUGCGAAUAUAAAAAGUUUCAUGUUGCAGUGAAAAACAGUUUGAUUUGCGAAACAGUUUGAAUCGAACUGCUUGUGGCGAAAAGACCGAUAUAUAUGCAACGGUUCAGAACUGUUCACGAUUUAGGGCAGAGGAUGGGUAAGCGGCCGGAUGACUCAGCCAGUAGAGCCGCGGUACGGUAUUCCGAUUGUCUCGGGUUUGAGUCGCGGUCAGUCUGCACAUUUUUCUCACCCUGUGACAUUUACUGCCCAACGGGGGACCACGACUGAAUAUAGCUCAGAUUCUAAUAAGCAUUGCUCUGUAACCCUGAGAAACUCGGGGACGAAUUUCAAUAUCGCGUGGAAGUAUGUCACGGUUCAGGACUGUUAACGAUUUACGGGAGAGGAUUUGUAUGCGGCCGAAUAGCUCAGUCGGUAGAGUCGCAAAACUGUAUUCCGAAGGUCCGGGUUCGAGUCCUGGUCAGGUUGAACAUUUUUCUCACCCUGUGACAUCAAUAUGUAAUAUCGGUUUGUAAAGUCGGUCGGAAUUACAAUCGAAAUAUUGGAUCUAAUUCUUUUGUUGAUAAACUGUACUGACACGGCAGGUGUAAACAUGCAUAUAAACGUUGCCUUUAGUUUAUAUGACACUGUUAUCUGCCAAUCAUAUUACUCGCAUUGUUAUUGGUCUUUGUUAUAUUAACAAGUUGCAAGUUAAUUGGCAAGUCGAUAAAGAACAUUGUCUUUGGCCAUUUACACGCACACACAUUAUCAAAGGCACACGGUAUCGUCCCAGGACAGAUCAAUUAAGAAAUAACGCAAUGCAGUGUCUAUAAACAAAGUAUACUGGACGAAGGACUUCACAUGAAGAAAAACGUAGAAAGUUAAAUGGCAAAAGCAAGGAAUAUCGAGUGUCGAGACACGGACAGAUCUGAAAAUAGGAGGACAGUUUUAAGCAUAGCAGCGCAAAACGGAAAUUUAGAUGAUGUUGUAAAAUUGAUAAACGAUGGUGAAGAUAUCAAUAUGGAAGACAAUUUUUGGAUGAGACCAAUUCAUUAUGCUGCCGCAUAUGGAAGAACGGAAGUAUUUACAAUGCUUGCUGAGCAGUCAAAGAUGAACGUCAACAACUCCAAAUGGAACUGUUUAGAUUUAGCAAUUGACAACAACCAUCCUGAAAUAGUUCUAGCAAUUCUUCGAAGUAAAACAUUACAAUGGGAAGAAAUGUUGCGAACAAAAACGUGGACAGAUUCUGAUUCGUUUAAUGAUACUCCGAUGAGAAAGCUUAUCAGAAAAAUGCCAGAAGUUGCGAGGGAGGUGUUUAAUAAAUGCACAGAAAUUGGAGGAUCUCAAAACGAAUUUAAAGUUGUGUUCAAGUAUAAAUAUUUGGAUGACACAAACCAUCUUUAUGGCUGGAAGAAAAAUUUCCAUACUUUCAUUGCAUCAGAAGAUGCAGAUAAGGUACGAUGUAAAGAGUGCUACCCAUGUCAGUGUAUUCAUCGUUUGCCUACCAAGAAAGGUGGAAAAAUAAAAACAGGAUGCCAGUAUUGCGACGGAUCAAGAUUUUACGAAGAAUCAAAAUGUUGUGAGGAUUGUCGUACAUUUAUUUUUCCCUGUCAGACAGCAGAAUCACAGGAACGUAAAGGAGGUCCGUACUCAAAUGAUAGAAACCACAUUAAGGAAAACCACCCACUGAUGAUAAUGGUAAAAUCCAAACGAAAUGAACUGUUAGAUCACCCUUUAGUGUCUGCUCUACUGAAAAAGAAAUGGUCAAGCAUUGGUCUUAUAUUCAGUAUUGUGAACUGUCUAGUUUAUGCCGUCUUUCUGGCACUGUUGACAGGGUUUACACUCUCAUUACCAGCACCUUACCAGCUCAAAAAUAUUUUGCCAUCCAACAUUUCUGAAUGUGAAAAUAUCAGUUCUUUGCCGUCCAAUAUUUCUGAAUGUCAAAAGGUUACAGACGAGGCUGAACCAAUUUCUGGAUUUGCGUCUUUUGUCAUAUUUGGAAUUAUCCUCCUGGCUUCAAUAGAACUAAUUAUUGAG